CCCAAAGGGAAGGGAAAUGCCAAAACAAUGUACGAAAACCCAAUCCGAUCAAAUAUAUCCAUUUCUGAAUUCUGCGUCUCUCUAUAAUUCCUCUCCCACCCCAGACACAGCAAUAUGUCCAAACAGACCUACAAAGUCUGCUUCUGCUUCCGCCGGCGCUUCAGGCUGGCCGCAGCGGAAGCACCGGACGAUGUCAAGAUCCUAUUCAGCCAGUACUCGGAGAAUGGAACCAUGGCCGCUGAUCACCUCCGGAGGUUCUUGGUCGAGGUCCAGAAGGAUCAUAAUGCCACCCUAGAGGACGCUCAAGCAAUCAUUGACGGUCUCGGCCGCCUUCACGACCCCCGGCACCACAAUAUCUUUCAUCGAAAGGGCAUUACUCUCGAGGCCUUCUUGAAGUACCUUUUAUCUGACACUAACCCUCCUCUCUCACCUCUCGGGGUGCACCAUGAUAUGACUGCGCCGCUGUCGCAUUAUUUCAUAUAUACGGGUCACAAUUCCUAUCUGACCGGUAAUCAGCUCAGCAGCGACUGCAGCGAUGGCCCCAUCAUAAAUGCCCUACGGAAAGGUGUGCGGGUAAUUGAAUUGGAUAUAUGGCCGAACUCCAAGAAAGAUAACGUGGACGUUCUUCAUGGAAGGACACUAACUACGCCAGUGGAACUCAUCAAAUGUUUGAAGUCUAUAAAGGAGUAUGCCUUUAUUGCAUCUGAAUAUCCAGUUGUAAUAACUCUAGAAGACCACCUUACACCAGAUCUUCAGGCUAAAGUGGCUGAAAUGGCCACUCAAACAUUUGGAGACAUACUCUUUACUCCUGGCUCAGAAUCCUUGAAGGAGUUUCCAUCCCCAGAAUCCUUGAAGAAAAGGAUUAUCAUAUCAACCAAACCACCUAAGGAAUACCUUGAGGCCAAAGAAAUCAAGGAAAAAGAAAGUGAUUCACAAAAAGGGAAAGCUUUAGGUGAUGAAAAAGCUUGGGGGAGGGAAGUCUCAAACCUGAAAGACGCAUCUGUGGCAAAUGACAAGAAUGAUUUGGAUGAAGAAGAGAAUAAUGAAGAGGAAGAUCUUGACGAUGCAGAUCCCAAGUUGCAGCAACAUGCAGCACCUGAAUACAAGCGUUUAAUUACCAUUCACGCUGGUAAGCCAAAAGGUGGAUUACAAGAAUGUUUCAAGGUGGACCCCGAGAAAGUUAGACGCCUCAGCUUAAGUGAGCAACAACUUGAAAAGGCUGUACUGACUUAUGGAAACGAAAUUGUCAGGUUUACACAGCGAAAUAUUCUGAGGGUCUAUCCAAAGGGUACACGCAUUGACUCAUCAAAUUACAACCCCCUAAUUGGGUGGUCGCAUGGAGCCCAAAUGGUUGCAUUUAACAUGCAGGGAUAUGGAAGAUCACUGUGGUUGAUGCACGGAAUGUUCAAAGCAAAUGGUGGAUGUGGUUAUAUUAAAAAACCGGAUUUCCUAUUGAAUACCGGUCCAGAUAAUGAGGUCUUUGACCCUAAAGUUAGAUUACCUGUGAAAGAGACUUUGAAGGUCACUGUGUAUAUGGGUGAAGGAUGGUAUUAUGAUUUCCCCCACACGCACUUUGAUGCAUAUUCCCCACCAGAUUUCUAUGCAAGGGUUGGAAUUGCUGGAGUUCGUGCUGAUACUGUUAUGAAGAAAACGAAGACAUUGGAGGACAAUUGGGUGCCUAAUUGGAAUGAGGAGUUUGAGUUCCCACUAACUGUCCCAGAACUGGCUUUGCUUCGGAUUGAAGUUCAUGAGUAUGACAUGUCUGAAAAGGAUGACUUUGGAGGCCAAGCAUGUCUACCUGUGUCUGAACUAAGAAGCGGGAUUCGAGCAGUUCCACUCCAUAGUCGUGAGGGAGAGAAGUACAAAUCUGUAAAGCUUCUCAUGCGCUUUGAAUUUGUGUGAUGCAUUUUGGUGGUUCCAAUCUACAUCCUGGUGGAAAAAGGAGCCAAAAUAAUGUACAGCUUUUGAAUGUGCACGUCCUUUUUUUGUAAUAAUUUUAUGGAUAAUUGUUGUCCCUCUUUGUUUUUAAGGCCUUCAGUUUCAUGUUAUAACACAUAUCAGAUCCAGGCCUGUCCUUUUCAUAAGUUGUGUGCGAAACUAGCAAUGUGUUUUUGUGGGUCAAAAUAUUGGAGUUCUUUCUACUUGUUGCUGUUUCCGUAAUUUUUUCUGCAAGUGAGCUGUCCCCCCAUAAACGAUGAAUUGGUAAAUGCAGCCAUUAUUUGGAUCGAAGAUUUUAUUGAAAUUAUUAAGGAUUUAUGUAA